AUGGCCUCACACUGUCCUUUAAGAUCACACGCCGAGCCAUGUGAACACCCGUCAGACGGCUUCUCCAUGGUCCGCAUCUCUCUCAAACUCCCAUCUCGGUCAGAUCGCCGACGCGCGGACCAAGACGAAGACGCUGAAGACAGCGAAGACGACGGCGCCAGCCUGCAGUCGCUAGAGCUAUGCUUCCACGACGACUUCACGCCAGAAGACUCCCUGCCGGUCUCUCUCCACUUUCAAUCGACAGUCAUCACCUGCUUCAAGUCGUCGUUAGUGUAUCCCACGCCGACGCCGCCGUGCUAUGUCCACGAGCUGCGCGCCAUCAUGGACCUAACGACGCCGAUGGAGGAGGAUGAUGACGCGGCGGUCUCGGUCUCUGACCCAGGUUCGUCGGUGAUGGAAGCGGCGAGGCCAUCACUAUUUGAACGUCUAGGUUCCUUUAGCGAUUCUAUCCGUAUCUUUUUAAUGGUGCUGAGCUUCCUCGGACUGGUCGCCGCUCUGAUCCUAUGGGCUUUCGCUUCCCCUGCCCAGAUGUUCAUCUUCCGCCACAACGUCUCAACGACGAACAACACCCUCGCGCUAUUCCAUCAAGUCCUCCGAAUCGAUCGCCUCCGCAUCUCUUCGGUUCAAGACCUCCUCGCCUACGCAGCGGUUGACAGAAAUCCCGACUUUGACGAAGCCUUUGACAUUGUCGAAUCCCUCUGCCACAACACGAUCCGCAUCACACGACGCCCGCAACUCCACCGGGACGAGGAGGUCGAGAUGGUAUGCGCGUCCUUGUUCUGGCACGCCUCGACGAUGAAGGCCCACUGGCGCUCCGUAAGCCGGGAGAUGCUGCAGGACUGGCCUACCAAGACACUCCGGGCGUUAAGGCGUACUUUCGAAGGGAUCGACGCAGGCUUGGAAACCCGCUGGGUGGCUCAUAUAUACCGGCUUCUCGAAGACUCUGACUGGGUCAGGUCGUGCAAGCUCUGCGAUUGGGAUCAGUAUGGGGUGCGCAGCUGGCACUUUGCUUGCGAAGACGGCUUCCGCGCCCUGCUGCCCAGCCACGUCACAGAUGUGUCAGAGGACGUCGUCGACAGGACAAGGGCCUAUCUCGACGAAUGGGCCGACCGACAAUCCCGCCGGCGCGCCGAAACGAUGCGGGACCCCCAGUGGCACCUCAGAGGUCGCCUUGACCGGCAUCCCAUCGAGUCUUGUGCCGAGAUUACGAACCACACGCUUGGAGUCGAGGACGACGUCGUCUCCGUUGCGCGGCACAUGUUCGAGAUGAGGGCGGAUCUCAGACGGCUCGCCGUCGUGCUUCGGAAACACGGACUCGCUCCGGGACUGAAACGGUUCUACCCGGACGGAUGGACCUCGUCUGCCUACUUCACCGCAAUACCGACCACGUCUCAGAACCCCCUGCGGCCAAGUCCUACGGAUCAGCAUCAGCCCAUCUUGCAAAGGGUUGGCAAUAUGAUCCGGGCCGGCAUUGAGCAUUUGGGUGAGCCACAUGGCGCCAGGGAUGCUCACAUGACCGAUGUCGUCGAGAGGAACGCCGUAAUGUUGUUCGAGAUAUUCCGAGGCCUGGAAGGAUUCGAGCAUGCCCUCGCGCGGGCCGCACUUGGGCUUGUGAAGGCUUGCGAGCUUGGGAGCGAGUUGUGGAAGUAUCUUCGCUCCUUGAGCAAGGGCCUGGAGCCUGUGUCGUGGGACGUGAAUGUCGAGGACGUAGCUUUCCCCUUGGCGCCGGGAAAACCGUACACCAUCACGCUCCAGGUGUCGUACACCAAGUAUACGGCAGACGCCGUCGAAGAGGCUGCGAAACUGGCCGCCGGCAUAGCCGAUCUCCAUUCCGCGUUUCCGCCUCGACCAACACGCACGCCGGUCAUCUUUGAGGGAGAUGGGGAUGGGGACGUGGACCUCGAGCAGCAGAUGCGUCAACACCCGUGGCUAAUGGACCUGAUGGACUUUUCCUAUGCGGCAUCGGCAAUGGCUAGGGGCGAGAAUAAGACGAUGGAGACUCAAGAGGGAACGCUUUUGGUGCCGACGGCAACUAACGACGCGGGAGCCUGA